UGUGGAGAACGUGUUGCCUCCUCUCAGCACUCAUUGGUAGGAAUGUUAAGUCUUUGUUCUCAGUCUGGUCUGGUGGUUUAGAAUAUUCUUCAUCUUCUAAGUGUGUAAGGAGAAAAAAACAAAAAAAAAAAGAACACAAACAAACACCAAAGCUGAGGACUUGGAGACAGACGCUCAACGCGCAUUGCUCGCUUGGCCAUUUCUCCGGACCCCUGCUCUCCGGCUCAGUGUGACGAUCAGCGCAGUGUGCAGUUCUCCUACAGCGAGAACACAGCACAUCCCAGCAGCACCUCUUCACAUCUUUGUCUUUCAUUCACAUCAGGAUGGAUUUACCCUCCUAGCAGAACAGAAGUCUACUUCAGCGCUUGGCAACUUUGGUCCGCGCGUAUGCGUAAAACUGGGAUUAAAUAAAUAGACUCUUCUCCCCCCCCUCACACACACUCAUACACUCACACACACACACUCACACACACUCCAGACAACAUUUCUUUUCUUUCCUUCGCAGCAGCUUUUGCACAAGUGUCUUCAUGAUGACAGCAGCCGGGAUACACGCACCCCUUGCGCUGCUGCUUUGCUUCAUCUCCUCCGCAGCCUGUAAUAUGUUUGCGUUUACGGAGGAGCCGUCUGAGCGAGCCGGGAAGGCGGACGGGUACUGUAGUCGGAUAUUACGGGCUCAGAGCAAUCGGAAAGAGGGCAGCACCGAGUUUCGCCUCCGCGUUGAGGGAGACCCUGAGAGCUAUCAGCCGGGCAGCACAUACAGAGUGACUCUGAUUGCAUCCAGCCCCUCCUAUUUCAGAGGGUUCACACUUAUUGCCCUGAAGGAGGGCACGGAAGGAGACAAGGACGAGGACUACAUUGGAAAUUUCCAGAUAAUUGAUGAGGAGGAAACACAAUUUAUGACCAAUUGCCCUCCUGCAGUAACAGAGAGCACCCCUCGCAGACGCACCAGCAUCCAGGUGUUUUGGACGGCGCCCCCUAGUGGUUCUGGCUGUGUCUUCCUCAAGGCAAGCAUUGUACAGAAGAGGAUCAUUUAUUUCCAGGAUGAAGGCUCUCUUACCAAGAGAAUGUGUGAGAGAGAGUCGCUGUAUGGAGAAGCUACAGAUAAACCUCUGCUCGACUGCUGUGCCUGUGGAACUGCCAAAUACAGAGUCACCUUCUACGGGAACUGGUCAGAGAAGAUUCAUCCCAAAGACUAUCCCCGUCGUGCCAACCAUUGGUCAGCCAUCAUUGGCAUCCCACUCUAAGAACUAUGUUCUGUGGGAAUAUGGUGGCCUUGCCAGUGAAGGGGUUAAACAGGUAGCUGAGCUGGGCUCCCCGGUGAAGAUGGAGGAAGAAAUCAGAC